GAAAAAUACAAACAUUCUUAUUUGUCAGUCGAGUUUCAAACCCACAAUCAAAAUAAAUAAAAUUUCUUUUUUUUGCAGUAUGAAAUUUUUAUUAUAUGUAUUCUAAAGAAUAUAAAUCAAUUUCAAAUAACUAACAAUCAUUAAAUUACAAAAAAUCAAAUAAAUAACUAACCUAUCUAAAUAAAAAAAUUUUGAAUUGUGAUAUAACGAACGAAGGAAGCAAAUGUACACAAAAACGUAAAUAACAUUAAGUUUAAUAAAAAUGUACCAAACUCCCCAAAGAAAGAUAUUAAAUAAGACUUUUCAAGUUCUGAUUUUGAAAAGAAACAUUUCCAAAAUAAAAAGAAAUGAACUAUAUAAAAAAUGUUUUUCCAUACUUGGUGUUAAUGAGGACUCCGAUCAAAAUACGGUACGAAAAGCAUACAUUGAUUUAGUGAAAAGAGUUCAUCCUGAUAGUGGUAAACCGGAAGCAUCUGCUGACCGUUUUCAUGAAAUAGAUGAAGCUUUUAAAAUCUUACAAGAGAAAUUUGCUAAAAAUCGUCGUGGUAUUUUUGAAAAUGAAGAAGAAAAGGUUUUUGAUAUUCGCCAUAAAGCUCCUCAGCACCGACAGUAUUUAAGUUUUGAGGGAAUUGGGGUUGGAACUCCAACACAGCGUCAGAAACAAUAUCAACAACAUAAAGUUACAAUUGCUCAAGAGCGUGUUUAUAAUCAUCGAGUAGAGAAAGCACAAGCAGGUGAAAAGGAAUUAAUGAAAAAAGUAUCUGCUGGUAUGCAAAGAGAUCAUCGUAUUAAAACAAAAUAUGGCUUUGAUCGUGUUGUAGAAGAUUUAAUUCUUGAGGCAAUGUCAAAAGGAGAUUUCGACAAUUUGUCAUGCGCCGGUAAGCCACUUUCUACAGCUCAAUCUCAGAAUCCAUACUUAGACUUUACAACAGCAAAAUUAAAUAAAAUUUUGAUUGACAACGGUUUUACACCAGAAUGGAUACAAUUGCAACGUGACAUACGUGAGACGAUACAAAAACUAAAUAGUGAUUUAGCUGAGGAACGAUCAUACUUUGGAGAUUUUCCUUUCAGUGAAAAUGAAGAUAUUAAGUGGAAUUUAAUUUUAAGGAAAUAUAUAGAAGACGUAGAAAAAAUUAAUAAAUUGAUUGAUAAAUAUAAUUUGAUAGUACCAAUAAUAGAAAAUCAAUUCUUUAGAGUUAAUUUAGAAAGGAUUGCACAAAAAAUUGCUAGUGACAAUAGUUUGCCAAAGAAUCAAAAACGUUACGUUACUGAUGAAGAAGCAAAAAUUGAACAGAAUGAAUAUAAAAAAAGCGAUUUUUUUUCCUUUCUGGGCUCAUUAUUUUGAUUAUGAACUUAUUAGAUUUGUAUAUAAUACUUUUUUUAAAUAGUGAUAUUUGUGUACCUUGCUUAUUUAAUAAAUAACUUAUUUUAUUGAAA